GCUCGGGCGCCGAGUCUGCGCGCUGACGUCCGACGCUCCAGGUACUUUCCCCACGCCCGGCCAGGCUGGGCGUGGGGGCGGGGCGCGGCGCGCAGCGCGCAUGCGCCGCAGCGCCAGCGCUCGCCCCGGAUCGUGCGGGGCCUGAGCCUCUCCGCCGGCGCAGGCUCUGCUCGCGCCAGCUCGCUCACGCCGCCAUGCCCACCACCAUCGAGCGGGAGUUCGAGGAGUUGGAUACUCAGCGUCGCUGGCAGUCGCUGUACUUGGAAAUUCGAAAUGAGUCCCAUGACUAUCCUCAUAGAGUGGCCAAGUUUCCAGAAAACAGAAAUCGAAACAGAUACAGAGAUGUAAGCCCAUAUGAUCACAGCCGUGUUAAACUGCAGAAUGCUGAUAAUGAUUAUAUUAAUGCCAGUUUAGUUGACAUAGAAGAGGCACAAAGGAGUUACAUCUUAACACAGGGUCCACUUCCUAACACAUGCUGCCAUUUCUGGCUUAUGGUUUGGCAGCAGAAGACCAAAGCAGUUGUCAUGCUGAACCGCAUUGUGGAGAAAGAAUCGGUGAAGUGUGCACAGUACUGGCCAACAGAUGACCAAGAGAUGCUGUUUAAAGAAACAGGACUCAGUGUGAAGCUCUUGUCGGAAGACGUGAAGUCGUACUACACAGUACAUCUACUGCAGUUAGAAGAUAUCAAUAGUGGUGAAACCAGAACAAUAUCUCACUUUCAUUAUACUACCUGGCCAGAUUUUGGAGUCCCUGAAUCACCAGCUUCAUUUCUCAAUUUCUUGUUUAAAGUGAGAGAAUCUGGCUCCUUGAACCCUGACCAUGGGCCUGCGGUGAUCCACUGUAGUGCAGGCAUUGGGCGCUCUGGCACCUUCUCUCUGGUAGACACUUGUCUUGUUUUGAUGGAAAAAGGAGAUGAUAUUAACAUUAAACAAGUGUUACUGAACAUGAGAAAAUACCGAAUGGGUCUUAUUCAGACCCCAGAUCAACUGAGAUUCUCAUACAUGGCUAUAAUAGAAGGAGCAAAAUGUAUAAAGGGAGAUUCUAGUAUACAGAAAAGAUGGAAAGAACUUUCUAAGGAAGACUUAUCUCCUGCCUUUGAUCAUUCACCAAACAAAAUAAUGACUGAAAAAUACAAUGGGAACAGAAUAGGUCUAGAAGAAGAAAAACUGACAGGUGACCGAUGUACAGGACUUCCCUCUAAAAUGCAAGACACAAUGGAGGAGAACAGUGAGAGUGCUCUACGGAAACGUAUUCGAGAGGACAGAAAGGCCACCACAGCUCAGAAGGUGCAGCAGAUGAAACAGAGGCUAAAUGAGAAUGAACGAAAAAGAAAAAGGUGGUUAUAUUGGCAACCUAUUCUCACUAAGAUGGGGUUUGUGUCAGUCAUUUUGGUUGGCGCUUUUGUUGGCUGGACACUGUUUUUUCAGCAAAAUGCCCUAUAAAUAAUUAAUUUUGCCCAGCAAGCUUCUGCACUAGUAGCUGACAGUGCUACAUUAAUCAUAGGGGUUUGUCUGCAGCAAACGCCUCAUAUCCCAAAAACGGUGCAGUAGAAUAGACAUCAACCAGAUAAGUGAUAUUUACAGUCACAAGCCCAACAUCUCAGGACUCUUCACUGCAGGUCCCUCUGAAACCCAAACUGUAAAUGGCUGUCUAAAAUAAAGACAUUCAUGUUUGUUAAAAACUGGUAAAUUUUGCAACUGUAUUCAUACAUGUCAAACGCAGUAUUUCACCUGACCAACAUUGAGAAAUCCUUUAUCACAGGAUUUGUUUUUGGAGGUUAUCUGGAUUUUAACCUGCACUUGAUAUAAGCAAUAAAUAUUGUGGUUUUAUCUACGUUAUUAAUGGAAAGAAAAUGACAUUUAAAUAAUGUGUGUAAUGUAUAAUGUACUCUUGACAUGGGCAGCAACACUUUAUAUUCUUAAACAUUUCAGGGUAAAUAUAUUUUAUAAAUAUCUAUUUAAUCUUUUGUAGUUAACUGUACUUUUUAAGAGCUCAAUUUGAAAAAUCUGUUACAUAAAAAAAUAAAUUGUGUGUUGAUU